AUGAAAAGACCAAUCUAGAUAUUGCCAAUUAAUAUCCCUGGUAGAGACGCUCCCAUUGUAUUGGAAAUAGGUGAAACUGAUUUAUUCCAUUUCCAAGCCAAAAAAAUAGUUGCUGGGUAGCUAAAAAAUUAUAGUCAAGAUGAAUUCGUAUUUUAUUCGAGAAGUAAGAAUUUAGUAGUCCAUGAAGACGAUAGAGUAUCAAAACUCUUCUUAAGUAAAGAAUAAAAUGAAAUCGAAUUGUAUUUGACAUCCAAUUUAAUCAAGAAGGCUGUGUUGGGAGAAUAAGGCAAUUAAUAAAUAGGGGGACAGUUUUAGAAUAACUACGAAAGUGAAAUAUAGGAAUUGAAAAAGGAAAUUAAAAACUUAUAAGCCAAACUUCAAGAAUACAAAUCUGCCAAUAAAAUGUCAAUCUAUAAUAACGAAGAGAAAGAACUACGAGAUUAAUUAGGAUAAAUGAAAAAGGAGUUUGACGACAGAUUAAAAGUCGAGGAAGAAUACAGAGCUAAUAUAAUUAAAAAGUAUAAUGAGAGUUAGAAUGCCUAGACCGAAUAAAAGAAAGAACUUUUGUAAAAAGAAAAACAUAUUGAAGAAUUAAAAUAUCAAUAAAGGCUAAUGGAGGCUGAGAAGAAAUUCUUGGAAGAGCAAAAUAAAAAGGAAAUUUUAUUAAGUAUCCAAUCACAAGGUGGCAAUAAUUUGAAUAAUUAAUUGGCUGAAAUUAGGUUUGAAUUUGAAAAAGUAAAGGCACUAUACUAAGAAGAGUAGUUUGAAAGAACCAAAGAUAAAGAAAUUAUUUCUUAAUAGUAAAAGAAAUUACAAAAGCUUGAAACCAAAUUAUAAAAAGAGAUUGAGGAAUUACAAUAAGGAAGAUUUUUAUCCUAAUCUGAAAUAUCAAAGUUGAAAUAGGAAUUAACAAGUGUUAAUGAAAAAUGUUAUAAUUAUAAAUGCGAAAUUUAAAAAUAAAAAGUAGAAAUUGAUAGAUUCGUUUAAACCUUAGAGUUAGGUAAAUAAAAAAUUGGUUAAUUGGAGAAAGAGUUGAAUAUCUCUAAUGCAGAAAUCAAUAACCUAAAGAGAAGUGAGGAGGAGAAAAUUAAUGAAAUUAGAAGGAAAGAAGUACUUGUAAAUGAAAUUAAAAAUUCAAAAGAUGUAUAAUAAACUAUAAGGGUUAACUUGGAAUAAGAAAAAUCAGAUUUACAAAAAUAAUUACAAACAAAAACAGAUAGGUGCAGAUAGUUAGAAUAGGAAAAUGCGCUAAAAUCAGCUGAUAUUAAACAUUUAGAAAGUAGAUUAUAAGAAGAAAUUAAUGCAAAAAAUGAUAACAUUUAGAAAGCAAAAAUAUAAAAAGAGGAUUUAGUUAAUCGCUUGUAAAAAGAAUAGGAUAAUUUAAAAGCUGAAAAGGAAGCUAAGAAUAAAUUAGUUGAGAGAAUCAAAGAAAAUGCAUUAUUAAAAGCAAAAGAUGAAAAAAUUAUUUCCCCUACCGAGGCUCUUUUAAGAAAUAUACCAAAUCCACUAUAAUUUUUAAAGAUCGAAAAUAUAAUGACAAAAGAUUUAGUUGCCGUAGUUGAAAUAAUUAAAGUGGAUAAAAAAAAAGCAAUAGAGAGUUUAACUAAGUAAAAUCCUAAAAUAUCUUAAUUUAUAACAAGAGAACGUGUUGGAAAUUGGGAAUUCAAAUAAAGCAUAGCAAUUAAUGGGGAUGGUACUAAAAGAAAAGGAUUUCUGAUGUAAAUUACUGGAAGUGAAGAAAAUCGUUAUAAUGAUAAGGUUUUCUUAAUUAAAGAAUUGAUUGGGUUUGAGAAAAUAGUUUCAAGUGACAAAGCUCUUUAUGUUGCUCAAAAUACCUUAAUAGCUAAAGUAUUAGCCGAGCACUUUUAAGAUAGAAUUCAUGGUGUUUCUAAAAUAUUCCCCUAGAGAUUUUCUUACAACGAACUCUUUUUAUUAAAUAUAGAAGACAAAUAUUAUAUUGCUGAAUAAGUGCAAGAAGGAAGGUUUAUCAAAUUCAAUGGAAAAGGCGAAUCUCACCUUUCAGACAAGGAAUAAUAUCUAAAAAGUUAUUUUUAUGCUUUUUCAAUUUUCACUUAUUUUGUGACUCAAAAAAUGCUGAUGGUGACAAACAUCCAAGGAUUCUAAAUAGGUUCAGAAUAUAUAUUGUGUGACCCAAUCGUUUCCUCGCCUGAGGGUCUAAUGGGAGAUGAAGAUUUAGCUGAAUAACAUAUCUUAGAAUUUGAAUAAAACUACUAGAGUAACCCAAAAAAGUAUGGGAAAGAGUUUUUAUAAAUUUUAGGAUAUUGAGUUUAAUUUGAUUACGAAGAUUAAUCAAUAUUAUUAUAAAAAUAUUUUAUUUUAUAAA